CGUCAGUGUGGGUCUAUUUCCGGGAUUUUGAGGUGGCUAGUGUUGCUGUUGUUAGGAAGCACGAUUUGACUGCUGUUUUACAAUUUUUUUUUAAAAGAAGUGUCAAAAUGAACCGCAUUUUUGGUAGAGGAAAACCUAAAGCACCUCCUCCCAACCUUACGGACUGUAUAGGAAACGUUGAUUCUCGGGCCGAGUCCAUUGAUAAGAAGAUAUCCAGACUUGAUGCUGAAUUGAUGAAAUAUAAAGAUCAGAUGAAGAAAAUGAGAGAUGGGCCAUCAAAGAACAUGGUAAAGCAGAAAGCCAUGCGGGUCCUUAAACAGAAAAGAAUGUAUGAAGGACAGAGAGAUCAGCUGAUGCAGCAGUCAUUUAACAUGGAGCAGGCCAACUACACCAUUCAGACACUUAAAGACACCAAAACAACUGUGGAUGCUAUGAAGAUUGGAGCCAAAGAAAUGAAGAAGGCUUACAAGAACGUGAAGAUUGAUCAGAUUGAGGAUCUUCAAGACCAGUUGGAGGACAUGAUGGAGGACGCUAAUGAAGUACAGGAGGCUCUGAGCCGCAGCUAUGGAACGCCAGAUAUUGAUGAAGAUGAUCUAGAAGCUGAGCUGGAUGCACUCGGCGAUGAGCUGCUUUUGGAUGAUGACAGCUCAUACCUUGAUGAGGCCUCCUCGGCUCCAGCUAUACCAGAAGGCACUCCAGGAGAGAGGAGCACCAACCGGGACGGAGUUCUGGUCGAUGAAUUUGGACUUCCUCAGAUUCCAGCAUCAUAAAAACACGAAGAGCCUGUUUUAUCACCCUUAAACUUAUGCAUCAUGCAUUAUAUUUAUGCAUCUGACAUGUAAAACACUGCGAUCCUUGCAUUUACAGUUUUCUACAAAACAGGUUCAUAAAAGAUUGAGUGCUCUGGGGUUAAAUAUUUUAAAAAGUAUUCAAUUGUAAACACAGCCAAUCUUUAUCUAUCUCCCUGCUUAUUUUCAUGUUUCAUAUGGAAUGUAUUCACUUUAACUAACUGUCAGGAAUAAUCGUUAAGGUCUGUAGUUACAAUAAUUUUUUUGAUUUACUUUAGAUCAUCAUAUAUACAAUUCUUUGUAUUUUGUUUCUAAAGAAAGUACCUCAUUGACUUUGUACAGCAACAAUGGGUUGCUAUCUACCAACAAAUAAAUUAUUCUAUAUUUGGAAA